CUACUGGCGAAGCUGAAGCGCGCGGCGCACAAGAUGGCGGCGGCUGGAGAGCGGCGGCUUCGAGAAGGAUGGCCGGAUGAGUCAAGAGUCAGUAACCAGUGGGAGUACAGGAUAUAUUCAUUUUUGUACUGAGUUCAUCAACAGUUGCAACCUACAUGUUUAGUCAAAAGUCAGAAUGCAAACGCUAGGGAACUGUUUGGAUGAUGCCUUUCUGUAGUAUUUAAUCAACACUGCAAUAUUGACAAUGGACAAGUGUAAGCACGUAGGACGACUGCGGCUUGCUCAAGAUCAUUCUAUCGUGAACCCUCACAAAUGGCAUUGCAUGGUGUGCAAUACUACAGAAUCUGUAUGGGCCUGCCUAAGUUGCUCACAUGUGGCUUGUGGAAGAUACAUUGAAGAACAUGCACUAAAGCACUUUCAAGAAAGCAAUCAUCCACUGGCAUUGGAAGUUAAUGAGCUGUAUGUUUUCUGCUACCUUUGUGAUGAUUAUGUUCUUAAUGAUAAUGCAACUGGUGACUUAAAACUCUUGCGAAGUACAUUAAGUGCGAUCAAGAGUCAAAACUAUGACUGUACUACUCGCAGUGGCAGGACUUUGCGAUCAAUGGGCACAAGUGAUUAUGUUUCCCAUAAUAACGCUCAAGCUUUGCUUCAUAAUCAAGACCGUAUGUUCACAGCUCUGUGGCAUAGGAGGCAUGCAUUAAUGGACAAAGUGUUUAGAUCCUGGUUUGAACAGACACCGAGUGGGAAAAGGAUUUUAGAGGAAGAAAAGCUAAGAGAAGUGGCAGAAGAAAAAAGAAUCAAUGCUAGGAAAAGAAGAGAAGAGCGAAAACGCCAGUUGAAGGAAGAAAUGGAAAAGCUGCCACCAAGGAAGAGCUUUCGCUUGCAAAAUCAGAGUAGAGAAUCUUCAGAAGUAUCUCUGUAUGCACUAAAAAUGCCUCAGAAUUUGGACUCUGCUAUAGUGCUGAAAGUAACAGCUACCUCAGAAGAAGUAAGAUUAAAAAAAAUUAAUGACUCUCCAGUUAAACGAAGGCCUACAGUGACUCCUGGUGUAACAGGCUUACGGAACUUGGGAAAUACAUGCUACAUGAACUCCAUUCUCCAGGUGUUGAGUCAUUUGCUCAUAUUUCGGGAAUGUUUUUUGAAACUUGAUUUGAACCAAACUCAAGAGUUGUUAGAAGCUGCAGCAAGUGGGAAAACAAGAUCAUCCUUUAAACAGCAUUCUCCAUCCACUAGCUCUGUUUUUCAUGUGAACUCAAAGGCAUCCUCAACAAGGCGAUGUAGUGUGUCUUCAGGCUUAAGUGGUGGAGCAUCAAAAAGUAGAAAUAUGGAACUUAUUCAACCUAAGGAGCCAAGUUCAAAGUACAUUUCUCUUUGUCAUGAACUACAUACAUUGUUUCAAGUCAUGUGGUCUGGCAAGUGGGCUUUGGUGUCUCCUUUUGCUAUGCUCCAUUCUGUGUGGAGACUCAUCCCAGCCUUCCGUGGUUAUGCCCAACAAGAUGCUCAGGAGUUUCUCUGUGAACUUUUGGAUAAAGUACAGCAGGAAUUGGAGACGGCUGGGACAAAAUGCUUAGCUUUCAUUCCUACUUCUCAGAGGAAGCUCAUUAAACAGGUUUUGAAUGUGAUCAACACCAUUUUUCAUGGACAGCUUUUAAGUCAGGUUACAUGUCUUGUUUGUGACAAUAAGUCAAAUACUAUAGAACCCUUCUGGGACCUGUCGCUGGAAUUUCCAGAAAGAUACCACUGCAAUGGGAAAGAGACGACCUGUCAAUAUCCCUGUUUGUUGACCGAAAUGUUGGCGAAGUUUACAGAGACAGAAGCCUUGGAAGGAAAGAUAUACGCUUGUGAUCAGUGCAACACAAAACGAAGAAAGUUUUCUUCUAAGCCAGUUAUACUUACAGAAGCACAAAAGCAGCUUAUGGUGUGUCGAUUACCUCAAGUUCUGCGAUUACACCUUAAGCGAUUCAGAUGGUCAGGACGCAAUCAUCGUGAGAAGAUUGGUGUACAUGUUAGCUUUGAUCAGAUGCUAAACAUGGAACCUUAUUGCUGCAGAGAAUGUCUGAAGUCCCUUGCACCGGAUUGUUUUAUCUACGAUUUAUCUGCUGUUGUGAUGCAUCAUGGAAAAGGAUUUGGUUCUGGCCACUACACAGCUUAUUGUUAUAAUCCAGAAGGAGGAUUUUGGGUACACUGCAAUGAUUCCAAGCUUGAUAUGUGCACAAUGGAAAACGUAUGCAAAGCCCAGGCCUAUAUUUUGUUUUAUGCUCAGCGAGUUACUCAGGCGAAUGGACAAUGUAGAACCUCCUGUCUUGGUUUAUCACCCGGAAGACGGCUGAAUAGUGAGGUUAAUUGUUCCAGUUGAGAUGGUGAAAGUUAAUCUGGAACUAAUUUUACUGUUAUAGGUCUUGAAUUGUACAUACCUUAAGACAUGCCAGCACAAUAGCAUACUUAAUUUUGUCCUGUGAAACAAUGUACAUAUUGACACUUUUUUAUAUUAGCUAAAUCUGAACAGUCUUUUUGGGAAGUGUUUAGUAUAAAUUAAUACUUCAUAGUGAGGGUAGGUAUCUAAAAGUGUUUAGAAUUUUGAUAGAGCUAUUUUUAAAGAAAAUUGCAAUUUGAAUCUUACCUCAAGCUGUUUUUCAGCAUUUUUAUAUUUUGGUAAUCUUUUGUUGUAGUAAACAUAGGUGAAGAAUUUCAGUGGACAACUUUUGUGAAAUUCUGUUUUUUAUUAAAAAAAAGUGUAUGUGUAUUUUAUA